UCACACGCUUGGCAUCGCUCCGAUUCCCAUCCCAUUCCAUUCCCCCAUCCAUCUCCUCGCCGAUUCCCGAUCUGAGUGAGGAGCACGCUCGCUGCCGCUGCUGCUCGCGGAGGAGGGGGAGGAAGAGGUAGCCAGCCAGCCAGCCAUGGCGGCCGCGCUGACCAACCAGCUCAACGCCCUCGUCAAUAACAUGUUCGCCAUGGGUUUGCUGGACGACCAAUUCCAGCAGCUGCAGAUUCUCCAGGACUCCAGCGCCCCGGACUUCGUCUCCGAGGUGGUCACGCUCUUCUGCGACGACGGCGAGCGGAUCAUCUGCGAGAUCGCCAGGCAGCUGGAGAAGCCAAAUGUGGACUUCGACAGGGUGGACUCCUACGUGCAUCAGCUCAAGGGGAGCAGCGCAAGUGUUGGUGCUCAGAAAGUGAAGAACACUUGCAUUCAGUUCCGUGAAUUUUGCCAGCAGAAGAGCAGAGAUGGGUGCCUCAAAACAUUGGAUUUGGUGAGGACUGAAUUCUAUGAUCUGCGCAGCAGGUUUCAGGCUAUGCUUCAGCUGGAGCAGCAAAUCCAGGCUUGUUACCCUAAACAUUGAAUUAGCGCAAUGAAGUGGAGCUGGAUAUUUACAUAACUUUAUUGUGUCCUUGGAAUAGUAGAAAAUGCUCGGUUAGUUUAUAGCUUGGGAGUCAUUUCGUCUGGAAGUCUGUAGUUGUUUAGCAACAGUCUGAUCUAGAUUUGGCACCUUUGUUACUGCAGUAAUCUCUCUACAUUUCUGUGAUGUAGUAAUCGUUCUAAAUAUCUGUGAUGGGGACAACCAUUUUCAGCAAUCUAAAGUAUAAGUAGUUGUCUGGUGAUUCCGUUGUUUA